ACCCAAUAGCUUUGUCCCUUUACUCGAAGUCGGAAGUUACCACCCGCCAUUGACGUCGCCCCCGGCGAAGAAGCUCUCCGCAUGGAUUUGCUCAUUGUAUAGUGAUUGGGUUUCGGAAUAAGGAUCGGGGAGUGAAAACUCGCAUGAUCGUGCGAGUUUACGAUCUCACUCGCGAGUUUAACAACAUUGCAAGCGGCACCAAAAGACAUGGUUCUUGAUACAUAGCGCUGUCGUGAAGAUUGUAAUUGUGUUGUUUCAUUCGUCCCCUUCAAUCAGCUUUACCUAUUCCUUACCUCAACUUUUCAACGUCGCCAACAGCAUCAAAUACUAUAAUAGACAUCUGUUUAUAUGAAUUUUUCCAUGGAAGCUCAACAGAUUAUUUCCAUAUUUUGCCCAAAAUCAUCACUAGCUCCAUCAAUUCCAAUGGUGAAGCAACCGUUCUCUUUAAAUUUCGCUCCUCUAGACUCUUUAUCGUCAUACCCUUUUCUCCAGUCUCAGAAUCUUGGCUUCCCUACUGGAGCUUUACAUGCUGUCAGCUUUGUGCACAAAGAAAUUUGUUCUAAUUCUUGGAGAAUACGGGGUAGCAAGAGUAGUAGUACUGCAGACCUAGAGGAGGACCAUGAGGUGAGGGCUCAGGUCAUAGUGAGAAGGAAAAAGCUAGCAGUUUUCGUGUCUGGCGGAGGAUCAAACUUCAGAUCAAUUCACGAGGCUUCUAAAAGGGGAUCUCUUCAUGGAGAUGUUACUGUAUUGGUCACAAAUAAAAGUGAGUGUGGAGGUGCAGAGUAUGCAAAAAAUAAUGGUAUACCAGUUAUAUUGUUCCCUAAAGCAAAGAAUGAACCAAAAGGGUUAUCUCCCAGUGACCUUGUUGAUACACUAAGGAAAUUCGAGGUAGAUUUUGUUCUUUUAGCCGGAUACCUCAAACUGAUACCAGUGGAAUUGAUCCGAGCUUAUGAAAGAUCUAUAUUCAACAUUCAUCCAUCACUUCUUCCAGCUUUUGGCGGCAAGGGCUAUUAUGGCAUUAAGGUUCAUAAAGCAGUCAUUGCUUCUGGAGCAAGGUUUUCAGGUCCUACCAUUCAUUUUGUUGACGAACACUAUGACACAGGGCGUAUCCUUGCACAGCGUGUGGUCCCUGUGCUUGCUAAUGAUACUGCAGAAGAGUUGGCUGCAAGGGUUCUCAACGAAGUAAUGGCAGACUAUAUCAUGAGCAUCAAUUAUAUGUUGAUGUGGUGGAGGCUUUAUGUGAAGAUCGUGUCAUUUGGAGGGAAGAUGGUGUUCCUCUCAUCCAAAGCAGAGAAAACCCCAAUGAGUUUCACUGAUUAUCAUUGAUAUGGGAAUUUUGGUUGUGAAAACUUCACAUUUACCCCAAAGCUGUUGUAGUUAAUGUUGUAACUAUUAGGUAGGUAAUUUUCGGUGCACUCAUGUCACAUCUCUAAGGAGACAUAUAAUAAGCAAGAAGUGACAAACUUAUCUCCUGAUCUGAUCUGCAUAAACUGUUAUAUGCUCUCGGUGGAUUCUAAUAUCGGGUCACAGAGCAUAUUUUUGGAGUCUUUCAUUCCUUGCACAGGUUUCCAUUAACAUAUCAUGAUUUUUCUCCUUAAUAAAGAAAUUAUCUACUAUACUAUUUGGAUAAGAAAUUUGAUGUGCCAUAAGAUAUUUUUUUAAUUUCUAAAUAUUUAGUCUGUGAUUGAACUGUUUCUGAAUGCCAAAGCUUUUACUGCAAUGCAUCAGUUCUUUGCUACCCAUUUAUUCACAAGUAUUCUCCUGCUAUACUUGAUUUGAAGACUGUUAAAGGUAACCCAAAUUAAACUUUGAAUAAUAUUACUUUGGAAGGUUGUCAUAUAAUGUUAUUUUUGCAUUUUCAAAAAAAAAAGUGCUAAAUAUAAGUGACACUGUUAAAACGAGAUCACAAUAGCCAAGAUAAACGUUAACCAAUAAAAAUUGUAAGUGAGCACAGGAAGGAAGUUAGGAAAUGUUAGAAGAAUACAUGUAGAAGCUUUGCAACUUAGAAUAGUUGGUUUGCCAUAGGGGAUUUAAAUUCAAACAACUAUUUUCCCCUUCUGUAGGAGGAUGUAGAAUAUUCAUAUUGGCAAACAAAGCAUUUAUAUAAUUGAUUGUAGGAAAAUCACAUUUCUGAAUCGUAGAGUCCGGAUUCAUAAUCUAAAAGAUAUUUUACAAUGCUUCCAUAAUCCCCACCACAUAUUUCCAUUCAGCAAGCCUGUGUUAUGUGUUGCUGUCAUUAUCAUGGUCUCUUACUCAGCACAAUCACUAGCGUUGAAGCAUUCCUCACUGCAACUUCACCAAGAAACCAAGUACGUCCAACACCACCUUAACCACUUCAGUUUCCUGGAACUACCAAUGUUCCGGUAGCGACUUCAUUCAGUCGUUCAAUUGAGGUUGACGGAAGAGAGGAAGAAGAAGAGACUGGGAAUCAGGGAUGCAAAGUAAGCCAAACCAUGACCUAUGAUAUUCCUUCUUCGUUCUCCUUAUAUUUGAAGCAACUAUGGGAUUGUUUCCAGAUUCUACAGUACCAAAUACUGACUUGCUGCUACAAAUUUUCUGAAUUGUGUAUUUCCUAAUAUAAUUUGGACUAUUGAAUUAUACACUGUAUAAUUAAUAAUUUAUGUUAAAAAUU